CGUAUGUCUCAUGCUCAUCCACAGCCUGUGUGUGGUUAAGACACUCGCUGCUUGCUGGGUGAUGAGAAUGUGAAGUAGCGUCAGCGAAAGCUUGGAUUCGGAGCUAUCGUGGUGGCGAUGGCGCUCUCUUGCAACUCCGCCCUUAUGACGAAUCUCUCCUCGCUCUCGUGUGCUCCCAUCUCCACUGCAUCUUCUCAAAGCUCGCAGUGGAAGCCCACGUAUGCCCUUUUCGCCGGAAAGGCUAUCGAGGGUACCAAGAUUCGGGCGCCGUUAUCACUCCGUGUGCGACCAGCUGCACAGAAACAGAAGCAGGAGAAUGUAGAAACUUCAGACAUUUCAAACCCACCUGCGCCAGGUAGUACUACCCCAUCUGAAGCCACCAGCGACGGAGAAGAUACUGCGUCGUCAUCAGGGGGUGAUAACUUGGCCGUCGACGCAGUGACUGAGGCUGAGUUUGCGACGCAGGAGAAGCAGAUGUCUCCAGAAGAGAUUGGAGAGCAGUUGAGGCAGCUGCGGAUCAGGCGAGGAGAGCAGUCUGCUGAUCCGAAAGAUUUCUGGAGCGGGGUAUGGGAGGAAACAAAACUCGUAGAAUGGCCGCAGUUCCAAAAAGUGUUGGGCACCACAGGGGUCGUGGUAGGGAUCAUCUUCGGCUCCUCUAUUCUCUUACUCACCGUGAACGGUCUUCUCGCUGAGCUUUCGGACCAGGUGUUCAAUGGCAGCAGCGAUUUUGCUAAGUCAUGGACUCAAGGGCAUUUCUAAGUUUGAAAGGGAUGGUAAUUACAAUUUUCUCAAAGAUAUUCUUCAGCGGUCAUUGAAACUCCCUUGAUACCAUUGGUACAUUUGCACAAAACAAGCAAAGUAUUAAGGGCAUCGGAACCGAACCGCUCAGAAUAUAAGUUACAUUUGGCUUCCCUUGAUGAAUUUUUCUCUUUUAGUGGAGAGUGCCGCAGUUCCCUGUGCUUCUUCGGAUAGCCGUGUAAAUUUCUGUAGCAGUAGAGGCAUACUGGAUGGCGCGUAGGGUUGUGAUAUAAUUCAAACAACCAAAGCGGGUAUCUCACAGAAGAGUCUGAGUUUUGUGUUGAAAGUGGAAACCUUUUGCACCGGCUGUUGGAGAGAAUAGACAAGGUUACAUCAUCCAACAAGACAGUCUGAGGCGCAAUUUUCUUUCUGUUGUGCUCUAUGAGAUCCAUGUAGAGCCACUUUUCUCAAGUUAAGAACUUUUAGUAAAUUGGAGUUUUUCUUUUUCUUA